AUGGCUGACUCUACUCCAAGAAUCGAUGGUUCUUUGCUAGAACAAUACAAAAACCGUACUGUCCGUGUGAUUGGUAAAGUGGAACAAAUUGAUGGCUCAAAUUUAAAAUUAUAUACACCAAGUGAUAAUUCAAAUAAUUUAUCAAUAACAGUUAGUACAACUCCUGAUCUAGAAUUUCAACAAGGUAUAUGGUAUGAAAUUAUUGGUAGAGUCUUGGACAAUUUAACUUUAAGAGCUAUUGAUAUACAAAAUUUUGGUGAAAAUAUAAAUGAAAAAGCUGUUGCUGGUUUAGUUAAAUAUUCAAAUAAAUCAUCAGAAAUUUUUUAUGAAUAA